AUGACCGCCGUAUCAUCCACAGUAGACCCUCUCACUGUCUUGCCCCCAGAGAUUGUCCUGCAAAUCUUGCACUUCACCCCCGUUUCCGGCCUUGCGUCCCUGACCGCGACCUCCAAGGCUUGGCACCAAUUUAUCGACGGCACUCACCAAGAAGUUAUUUAUGGAUCCGAAGCUAAAACCGUCCAGCCGCUUGGAGGUAGCCGUGAAUUCUCCUUCCUCGCCGAUACCCACAGCUUUAGCAAAAUAUUCGAGGGCACGAAAUCAUGGAAAGACCUGUGCAAGCGCCAGACACUGCUGGCCCGUAAUUGGGCCCAACCGCAUCCAGUCAGUCAGGAAUCGGUGGUACAAAUCGGUAAUGAUCCCAUUUGGAGAUUCCGUGCCGACUUCAAGCGCCGGUUCUUCAUUUCCACUUCCCAUGGUGGCGGAUUGAAUGUCACUGAUAUGGACACGGGCCGCCUCCUCUGGCGACUCCCUUCCGUGCUAGACACCGAAGGAGACGGAGACGGAGUUCGCCCACACGCACACUUGGAGUAUCAGGAUGGAAUGGCCGUGUUCGAUAGUGAAGGAGAUUUGCUCGAGGUUUGGCAGACGGACCAUGAAGGUGCUAAGCGUGGAGAGUUCCGGCGUAUCGCUACCUUGUGCCAUGAUUGCCACACGAGAGGGUUCCAAUUGUCCUAUUGGACUCUAUGUGUUGUCUCCAACGAGGGUCGGGGGUUUGUGUACGAUAUGACACAGCGACCUCCCAAGUUGACCACCGACCUGAGGAUUGAGGGGGGUGGCAUUGGCCAUCUGGAUCAAAGCGAAGAUAUUGUGAUAUAUUCGAUGGGCUCAAAAGGCUAUUUUGCUCACAGCAAGGAAUCUGGUGCACUCUUAGGCAAUUUAAAGCCGUCCCAAUCGACCGAAAAAUAUCACAUCCUUCCUCCAAAGACCGCCUCUGCUUCUACGAGUGCAGCACUAGCAGGCGCUGCGCGACUUGGCCUAACAACUCAACCCCUCACACCCGGGGCUUUCCGAAAGGAUUGUUUGGUACCAAUUGAGGUCGCUGAAGGUCCAUUGUCACCACCGGAUGACCCGGAUCAUGUCUGGCAUGGGGAUGAUGAAUGGGGGGCGGGAAUGUUGAACGGCGAUCUCUUCGUGGGCUUCUCUCGCGCCGGUCGUGUCUUUAUAUGCCCCGACUUCCGCAAGGCUCUCCGUGAUGAAGCUAGUCUCGCGGCGAACAGCUACAUCCUGGAAUGUCAAUCAGACGGGUCAAGCUUUGACCUUGGUGGUUGGUUAUCAAUCCGCAACCACCGUGUGAUGUUCGAAAUUCAAGAUAGGAUCUAUGUCGUCGCCCUUGGUGACAAUAAUAGGGUUCAAAAUUUGAAGAACCCUGCCCGUGCCUCGUACUCGCUGCUCACAAGCUCCGCACCACAGCUUGCUGUGCCGAUCAGUUACAUGGCGUUGGCUGAUGAUGCCAUUAUGACUACCUACACUACCCUCGGUUGGCGUGACUCUAACGUUCCAGGCGGAAUACCUGGCGGAGAAAUUCCUCGUGUCUUUCCUACAAAAGUCAUCCGCAUACUCAGCCUGGCCCCUAACCUCUCUAACUCUGCCUCCGGUGACACGGAUGAGCCUUCAGCAGUGGAUAGCGCAAGCCUUGGUAGCCCUGGCCCAAAUUUGCCAUCCUCAGAUGCCUGGCGCACACAGGCCGGGUUGUUACAGCUGCUUAGCGUCCUUUCCAACGAGACAGAUCUUGAACAGAGCGAUGGUGAAGAUGAAUGGGAGAGUAUGGAUGAGGAUGAGGAGGAGGAGUAG